AUGAGUGAAAAAUUGGAAAUUACGGAAAAAAAAAUGUCAAAUCUGACAUCGGUGGCAAUAUUUAUGGUACCGCUGCUAAUUCUAGGCAUGUUUGGCAAUUUGAAUUUGAUUUAUGCAACAUGGAAAUUCAAAGAAUUGCGGAAUCGGAAUAGUUUACUGGUGGCAAUUAUCGCAAUUUUCGACUUUAUGGCAGAACUACAUCUUAGAGGAAAAGAUUUGGAACUUAAAACACUUUCGGAUGAUCGAUCCGAUCGUAGCACCAUUGAACAAAACAUAUUCGAUCGCCGAGUGAUCGAAGCAUAUUUUGUAGAUAAGCGAAGUACAUGA